CUUUUGCGUUAGGUCUUCAAUGAGCUCAUCUAAACCCAGACAAACCUUAUCUAGUAACUGGGAUGUGUCUAGCUUCUCCGUUGAUUCCGUUACUCAAUCUCCUUCACGGCUUCCAAGUUUUGAAGAACUCGAUACCACAAACAUGUUGCUUCGUCAAAGAAUCGUCUUUUUGGGUUCUCAGGUGGAUGAUAUGACAGCAGAUUUGGUUAUAAGUCAGCUUUUGUUACUAGAUGCUGAGGACUCAGAGAGAGACAUUACGUUGUUUAUCAAUUCGCCCGGUGGAUCUAUUACUGCUGGGAUGGGAAUAUAUGAUGCAAUGAAACAAUGUAAGGCGGAUGUAUCGACUGUUUGUUUAGGGCUAGCUGCAUCUAUGGGUGCGUUUCUCCUUGCUUCUGGUUCAAAAGGGAAACGGUAUUGCAUGCCUAACUCUAAAGUUAUGAUCCAUCAGCCACUUGGUACCGCUGGAGGCAAAGCAACGGAAAUGAGUAUACGCAUAAGAGAAAUGAUGUACCACAAGAUUAAACUAAACAAGAUCUUCUCUAGAAUCACCGGAAAGCCCGAAUCAGAGAUCGAAGGUGACACAGACCGUGAUAAUUUCUUGAAUCCAUGGGAAGCGAAAGAAUAUGGUUUGAUCGAUGCUGUAAUCGAUGAUGGGAAACCAGGACUAAUCGCUCCAAUCGGAGAUGGCACUCCUCCUCCGAAAACCAAAGUCUGGGAUCUUUGGAAAGUUGAAGGAACCAAGAAAGACAACACUAACUUGCCAUCCGAGCGCUCAAUGACACAGAAUGGUUAUGCUGCCAUUGAAUAGAACUUGUGUUCCAGCGUUUACGCCUUUUAUAUGUAGCUACAACCAUAUAUCGUUGCAUUUCAAGUGUUUGUACCAUUUCUGUGAUAGAUUUUUGGACUAAUUUGAAGGCGAAAAUAGAUAAUUUGUUGUAGC